AUUACGUAUUAUAUAUACUUUGCUCCAUAAAAUAUUAAAAAUGUAGCUAAAUUAUCAUCUUUCUGAUAACUUUAUCAGUUUACGGUAGUAUAAUGUUAUCAUCAUGACUAUUAAAUACAGAAAAAUGAUUUAAAAAUUUGACCAACUAUCCAUCCAAAAUUUUAUUAACUAAUGCAAUGGCUAUACAAUUGGACAUCUUGCUCAAGAGACCGAAUAAAAUUUAUCACGAAGGAGAAACUAUAUGUGGCAUUAUAAGCAUAAAAACUCCAACUGAAAUUAAACAUGAAGGUAUUUCACUAUCAAUUGAAGGUUUUGUUGAUUUGCAAAUUAGCUCACAAAAUGUGGGUACAUUUGAUGCUUUUUACAAUUCAGUCAAACCUAUACAGUUGAUGUUAUUUAACUUGGAUAUUGCUCGACCUGGACGUUUGCCAUCUGGGCGUACAGAAAUUUCUUUUGAAGCGCCAGUUAAACCACUUACCAAUAAAGUACUGUAUGAAUCAUAUCAUGGGGUCUUCAUUAAUGUUCAAUAUCUACUCAAGGCAUUAAUUCAAAGAAAUUUUCUUAACAAAGACGUUCGCAAAUCACUUGAAUUUAUUGUUGAAAAUAGACCACGUACAGAUACAAUAAUGACUAAAGUGGACAAGUUUGUAAUCAAUCAAAAUACCUUGGCAAACGUUAAUGAUUGUUCCAAUAUUCCAAAAUUUCACAUAAUUGGUACUAUAGAUUCAGUAAUAUGUUCAAUCUUAAAACCAUUCAAAGGAGAAUUAAAAAUUGAACACUCAGAUAUUCCAAUAAAGUCAAUAGAUGUUCAAUUAGUCCGUGUUGAAACUUGUGGAUGUGCUGAAGGUUUCUCUAAAGACUGUACAGAAAUUCAAAAUAUUCAAAUAGCUGAAGGCAAUGUAGCCACAGGAAUUUCAAUACCUAUUUUUAUGGUUUUUCCAAGAUUAUUUUCAUGUUCAACUACUAAAACAGCUAAUUUUAAAAUCGAAUUUGAAGUGAAUAUUUCAAUUGUAUUUGAAGACGAACAUUUAGUGACAGAAAAUUUUCCAAUAACCAUCAUCAGAUGAUAUAUUUCAUGAAGUCUAAUAGUUUUUUUUGUAUAUAUAUUAUACUUAUAACGUUUACCUAUAAUAUUAAGAUUUUCCAAGUGUUAAUGAUAAAUUGCAUACUAAUUAAAUAGUGUAAUUGUUAUAGUUCUUAAAGAUUAUCAUUGUUAUUUAUUAAA